CGAGUUUUAAACCUCCUACCGUACGCACGCGGCAAAAGCGAGUCUUUGGCAGACGGCGUCUUUGGCAGACUUGACGUUGCCGGUUGCGGUUGCAAAGAGACUUCCCGUUUUGUUUGCUUCCCGUUUACCGCACCGUUUCGCGAUCAGCACACGAGCAUUAGCGAGUGGUCUUUUCUCGUUGGAAGGCGAAUCUGUCGCUGGAACGGAAGAGUUAAACAGUGUAAAGCAGCUGGAAGAGCCAUCGCCGUGAAUUUCGAGCGCGCUUUUAACCGAUACGAUCGAACCGCGAUUAAUGUGCGAGUGUUCUACCCACGAAGCUUCCAAAUCAAGAGAAAGCCACCAAGCAGCUCCAGAUCCAGAUUGUCCAAUCUUGGUGCAAUUGUAGCUUUGCCCCCCGGGGGUGUCUGUGUUUGUGAUCGUGCAACGUGUGUAUGUUUCCAUUUUUGAUCGUGUGUUUGUAUAGUUGUCACCAUCCGACACAGUGAAGAAGUGCAUACAAAAAAAUAUUGUUGACAGCAUCGGCGAUCAUCCAGCUACAGCCCAAUAAAGCCUAAGCGUGCAAAUAAAAGUAGGCCUUUUUGGGCUUCAAACAAGUGUGGCGAAGUGUGAAUCGCGGCAGUGGGUAAGCUUCCACCUAUAUAGUACACAGUACACACCGUCGGUCCGGUCCGACGAACGGGGCCGCGAAAGAAAAGUGAGAGCGAAAAGUGCCCGCGCGAAGGUGCUUUCUUUUUCGUCGUGAAGUGUCAAAACCGCGUCGCGUUGUAUCAUUAUUAUUUUCUCUAGCUUCUAUGUUUCGCCCGGCUUAAGAUUUGUGUGAGUGGUUGCGGUCGGUUUGGUUUUUGGGAGAGUGUGGCUGUUAUUUUUGCUUCUUUCCUUGGAGUGAUAUUUGUGAUUUGCCACUCGUGCAGAAGUGAAAUUAUUUUACGCGCGCGCGUUGUGUAGUUCCGCUAGAGGUGAAACAAAAAUUUUUCGCACACCAGUGUUAAACGGAAAAAAAACAACAGUCGCAGCCAGGCGAGCAGGUGAAGGGCAGACACGAUAAAGGGUAGUUCUACUAGACUGGCGAAUGCAGUGAAACGUACCAGCAGCAACAGCGAACAAGAGACAACAUUGUCAACCUCGAAAAUAAAAAUUUGAAAUCAAAAACAGAAGAAACAGAAGGAAGAGCAGCUGUGCAGAUAUCUACAGGACCUUCUGCAGGAAAAAGAUCUGCACACAGCAUCCUGAUUUGCUUUUGCUUCCUGCUCUCGCGACAACAUUUUCCAGCGCAACCAGCAGCUGCGUGUUGGCGUGAGCAGUUUUCUCUCCAACGCGACAACUUGACGAAAAGGUAAAAACAACUUCUAAUCUGGAACUAGUGCGGAGCUAGAAUAGCAAAAAGUAACGUUUCCAAUGUGCUGAUAGUGUAAAAUCAAUUGUAUUCUCCUUCAUCGUUCGUGUAAGGUCAUGUGUUGAGACGUGAUCGCUACAGGAGGAACUAAAGCAAGCACACAGAAACACAGAGUGACUGUGGCAGUAAAGGCCGCAACGACGACGACCACGACGACAGCAGCCGUAGGUGAUAGUAGCGGGGAACGAUCGCCCCGAACAACCGGCAACAGCGGUGUACCCGUACCGACGAAAACGGCGCUCAGCGGCAGCAACAUCAUCCUGCAACGGCGGCAUCGACGAGGGCCCUCGCCGUCAACGAAAUCGGUCGAAAAUGUGAUAGACCCAUCCGUGGACGGACGGACCUCGAUCGGGCAGCAGAUAGCGAACUACUUUCUUCGCAUCCGGCGCAGCCGAUCGUCGCACGCAGUCACCACACACGGACAGCCGAACACGGACACUGCCGGUAGCCGCAACCGGACGAACAGCAGCAGCACCGCGCACCGGCCGACAUCGUACGGUCCGCUAGCAAGCUCGGCCAGCUGCAGCUUUGGCGCCGAAAGCCACGACGAACGGCUGCACCACCAGUCGGCCAGCUCCGUGACGGUCAGUGUUGCCAACUCGUCCGCUAACAUGGCCGCCACCGAUGGGCAGAUCAUUCUGGCCGCGUCCCGGUUCGCACCGGACACACCGCCAGUGUACCUGCGGGACUUUGCCAAGAGCGAACUGCCGGCGGUCGGGAAGAUCGUGAAGGGCCAGUACUACAGUUUGGGCGUACCGACACUAUCCAACCCAUCGCUACAGAGCACGGCACUGUUUUUGAAUGCGGGCCGCAAGUACCAGAUACUGGCGCAACCGAUCAAGAUAAAGGAGGGCCGCAAGAACACGAACGUCGGCCCGAAGGUGCUCAUCCCGGAGACGUACCCCGGCUACUUCGAGCUGCUGAGUGAGGAUGGCCGCUCGACACGCUGCAUCGAGAGUGUGCUGGAGCUGUCCCGGCGGCGUAACUUUCGCGUACUGGUACGCGAAACGGUACGCUGCAACCAUAACAGCAAGUCACUGCAUGCGGGCGAAAUCCUCACCACGAUCUCAGACAAUGGCAAGUACCUGCAGUGCCGGACGUCCAAGGACGAGCUCGUCAGUUUGCCAUUAGAAGCCAAAGCGAAGUUCUCCCCGAUCGCUAAGGAGGACAGCAUCAGCGGUGUCCACACGGUGCGCAAUUUGCUGCAGAAGCGUAUGCCGGUCACGGUACGGUUGGUACACGGGGCCGCACCCAAGGGACUGAAGCAACCGUUUGUGCCGGAGCUACGGUUGCUUGGGUGCGUUGAGGUGGACCGGAUAUUUGCGCUCCCAUUGCAGAAAGACAUGGAUCUGGUGUCGGUACCGCUGAAUGCAAAGAUUAAGAUACAGCGGGCCAAAAACAUGGAGCAGCUGGAUCACUUCAUCGAGUAUUCCCGGUUUCUGGAUAAGGCGCAACGGUUGCUGGUGGAUGCGCGCGAUCGUCUGCAGAUCAUCGAUCUGAAGCUGACGGACAAGGAGAAGAAGGACUCGGCGAAGGCGGUGGCGGCCGCACACAAAACGAUGGCUUCCACGCUGUCCGGGUUGACGGCAAACGGGUACGUGCUGAAGAAGAGCAACAGCUGUGAUUCGAACCGCUACUCACCAGAGAUCGCUGCCGGCAGUGGCGGUGGCAGCCAGAACGGUUCGAUCGCGGAUGAGUACGAUGAGAUCGAUCAGAUCUAUGAUUACGUGCGUGGGUUAGCACCAUUGCCGAAAAAUCUGUACAAGUUCGAAGCGAUCGAGCCACCACCGGGCGGUUCCUCACCAACGACCGGUGCUACAACGCCGCUCUCGAAUGCGUUGCUCGGUCCGGCCACACAUCAGCAUAGCCUCAAGACGGUGGAAAACAUGAAGACGGCCCAAUCGAACGUCCUUAACAACAACAACAACAACAACCACAACAACAACAACAACAACAAUCACUACGACACUAGCAACAACAACUACUGCAACAUCAUCAAGUACUCUAAUCACACGCAGCAACAGCAGCCAGUCGGCAAUGCGCACCAUCAUCACCAUCACGGUCAUCAUCACCACAGCCAUCAGGGUGGGCAUCACCAUCAGCACACCGCUUCGAACAGUCUCGAAUCGUCGUCCAAGCAUGCCAGUGCGGCCCUCAAUGCCAUCAACAACAACCACCACAGUGUGGUUGGAACAGUGGAUCACAAACCGAUCCCGCCACCGAUCGAAACGAUCCCGGGCAAGAAACUGCCCGAAAAGCGUCAGCGGCCUACACUUCCGAAGCUGUACUUCAAGAGCAGUAUUGGACUGCAUCAGAAGAGUCCCACGCCGGGCACUACCGCCGUUAGCCCACUGAGCAAUGGAGGCGCCAAUGGAGCUGGUGGCGUAGUGCACCAUCCACCGAUCGCCAUCACACCGAAAGAGAUCGCUGUUGAGCCACAGAGUCCACUGUUUCACAUCCGAUAUAAAAGCCUAAGCAGCCUGCAGCUAGCUGCGACGACCCCACAGCAGGACUCCCAUCCAGUCACACCGAUCUCACCCUCGCCGAAAGGUGCGGGACAGGACAAAAAUCAUCUGCUUUCCAAGUCAGCGAGUGCUGCCGCAGGUCCGGGUGCCCGUGAAGGUACGCUCGACUCAUCGCGCAGCGGUGGCCGCACGUCCGGUGAUUCCGGGAAGCUACCAGAGAAGAAAUCCCGCCGGCUUAGUAGACCGCGCAGUCUCUCGAACCUGGUGUGGGAUCUGCGCCCGCACAAGUCAUCGGCCGAGAAGUCCAAGAAGAAGCUUUACCUGCACCAGUUUGACCGGCAACAGGGAACGCUCUAUCUGUAAAACGGCCGUUCGUUCAGAUUUCGUCAGUAUAAAUUUAGUCAACCGAACACGAAUCGUGCGCGAUGGGGAUGAAGGUGGCCGGGUUGGAUUUGUUGUUGAGACGUUUAGGGCAAGACCGGGGAGUCACAAACUGGGGAUAUACUGAGAAAGAAAGGACGAUAGUAGAAAGGAACAGAGUGGAACAUAUAUUGUACCAACUGCAAGGUGUCGUUUACUGUACGAAGACGAAGGACGGGGGAAUCAAAGUCCCUUCUUUUAAAGACUCCACUUCACACCUUCUCUUUAUCUCUUUCUCACUAUCCAUGUGAUCCAUGUUGUGUGUGUGUUGUGUAAUAGUAGCAGAUUAUAUAUAUAUAUAUAUAGAAAGAGAGUCCCUCACAUAGAGAGUAGUCGCCGUAGUAGUAGCAGCAGCAUCAGUAACUGUGUCCUGGCUUACGAAAAGACUCAGUUCAUUUGCUCGAUGUUUAGACAACCGUGCAGGGUUGAUAGGAAACGGCACUUCGGUAUGGCAAAUGAAUAUUGCAAUCCCUUCCCAUAUAUUGAACAGCAGAACCGUAACAAAAAUGGCCAGCAUCUUUUACCGUAGCGGUUCUGCGGGUGCGUGAUCAUGAUCUAGUAGUAGACCCAGACAGUACGUUCGAAAUGGCAGGGGUCGUGAAGCAAUGCGGCAAAAUGCAUGGAUUCAAAUCUAAAAAACCGCAACAAAGGUAACCGGACGAAGGCUGGAAAUAGUGUUAGAUUACGUUUGUUUGCUCGUUUUCUUGCUGUUGUCAUUUAGUUUUUCCUUCGCGUCCUUCUACACUUUUUUUUUAUUUGCCAUCGUCGUCGCUAAAAGGCUGUGUGGUGUUGAGAAACGUUUCAGUUUACAAGUUUAACUAGAUUUAACGUGUUAGUGAUAGGGCUGUAGAGUAACCACUAUCCCAUUACAUACUUUCAGUAGUAGUGAUUCGCUUCAUGGGGACGGUUUAGUAGGUGUCCCUCUGUCCAUAAACGGACCAAUUUCCAAUGCACACAACCGCGAGAUACGACUCGCGCGUUCCAGUGUGACAGAUAAUGGAAGGGAUCGAGCAUGAUCACGUACAUCGCGUGUGAACGAAUUAACGAACGAACGAACGAACGAACGAACGAGUUGCCAGCCGGGAUCACCGGGACAAGCAAGUGUGUAUGUAGUAUGCGUGUUUGUUUUUUUUUUAUUCAAUUAAUUAUCCAACUCCUCCUGUUCACGCCGUAUGGCGUGUAGUAUCGUGCGUAGGAACGGUGCAAGAUUUUCUGUUGAAAAAUCCAAGUUCGCUUGCUAUCGAGCAAAACUGUGCGUCCCAUGGGCCGAUGGGCAAGGACAUUUCCGAUCCCGCGCUGCCAUAUCGCCUGUUUGCGAGCAGAUGAAAUUUUUAUUUUUCAACGCUCCUACACCGACAGGGGAACUAAAAUCCCCCCCUCAAUGCACAAACGAUGGGACACAAUCAGCUGUCCACGCUGGUAGGGUGAUUGUUUUACGAUCGGUUUAGUUUUGUGCAUAAGAUUUAGCAUCCGGUUUACUGCCUCACUACUACGUUUGCUUACUACUAAGAAUUGGAUCCUCGAUCGGUCUGAGACGGGCACCAGCACGCUACAGCUGUAAGCCGUGCCGUGUUAAUAUUGUGCGCUAAGGAACAGUCAUUUUAGUUCUUAAUUUAAGUCACUAUCAAUUAAUCCCCUCGUUCUUUUUAAUAAACAAAAAAUGCUCUAUCAACAAA